AAAGAAACGAAAGUAGGAAAAUGUCGCUGUUUAGGACAGGAAAGAGUUUUAUACCAAAUGUUAACCAAGUCAGAUGUAGAAGUAAAUUGAAUAUUCAGAGACCGAAAGUAGAAAUUCUGCCACGAAGAAUUUUAAAAGCUGUGACAGAACCUAUUCUUAUACCUAAGAAAGUAGAUGUAGCUGAACGCUGUGCCAGAAAGAAUACUUUUUAUGUUCCUAAAAGAAAGUUUGAGGUGAAUGAAUAUGAAGAGUUCUUAUUUAGAACAUGUCAGAAUGAUUUAGACCAGAAUAAGAUGGUGAUUAUUUGUCAGUCCAUGCCGUGUCUAUUAAGAGAUUAUAAUAAAACUAAGAAUAAAUUCAGUGGAAUUGAUAUGAUAAUGGUGAAAAUCAAUAAUAAACUUAUGAUGCGAGCUAUAACAGGAACUAGAAGAGAGAACCUGUUGCCGUUGUUAGUGGGGUCCAGUGUGUAUAUACUCAGUUCAGACGUGCGUAUAAAAGAAGCUAUGACUCUGUUGAAGAAAGUAAAUCAUCUAGUUGUUAUGGGUAUAUUAACAGAUGAUCAUAUAUUAUCACAUGAAGAUGCCGUACGACUGGCACAAACUGAUCUGGAAACACAGCGUGGACAGUUGGUAUCGUUAUUAGGCCAAGGUGCUUCCAAAACAUAUUCAUUAUUAAACAGUCAUCAAUCGAACCUAGUGAGAAAUCUAGAACAGUAUAUCAGACAAUCAGACCAGUCUUCUCCUGAUCAAUAACAGUGUUUAUCUAGACUUAAUUAAACCCUGGGUUCUCACCUUCUCUUCAUGUUCGUUUACAAAAAAACAGUGUUACCGAUUUAAUCAACUGCGAACACCAGAAUGAUCACACCAGGCAUGUUGAUGACAUUUGUGUUUAGGACACAUUAAGUUUUGAUCAUGUAGAUGAUCAUGUGAAUAUUUAAAAAAAAAAUCAGAAUAAAUUUCUAGCUGGUA